AAUGAAAAAAGUUGAUGUUAAUACACCUUUUUCAAACUUUUUACAGAGGUAUUAAGAAGAAAUGAAAGGAAGAGAAUCAUAAAAAAAAUUCCUUAAUUAAUAAUAUGAAAGUGAUGAUGUUAAAAAAGAAAAGAAUACUUUACUUCUCCUGAUAAGGGGUAUUUGAUAAAUAUAAAUAUUUUUGGGUUAAAUGAAAAAUAUUUGAAAAUGGUUAGAGAUGGAAAAUUGAACCUAUUUUAGUUCAUGAUGCUUCUCUUUAUGAUUAUUAGGUGAAACUGGAAAAGUAAAUAGGUGAGAGAAUAGAACUGGAAGAUACUUAGUUUUGCUCAUGGUUUUCUUAGGCAAACAAUUAGUUAAUAAAAUUC